AUGUUGCGGCAGGUGUUGCACGAGGGCCUCAAGACGUCGUUCCACAAGCUGGGCCACUUCGUCGCCAACCACCCGGUGUUCUUCGCCUCGGCGCCCGUGCUCCUCUCCAUCCUGCUCGGCGCGAGCUUCAGCAGGUACCGCAUCGAGGAGAACGUGGAGUACCUGUUGGCUCCCAAGCACAGCCUGGCCAAGAUCGAGGGCAACCUGGUGGACAGCCUCUUCCCCGUCAACCGCUCCAAACACACGCUGUACUCGGACCUGCAGACGCCGGGCAGAUACGGCCGUGUCAUCGUGACCUCGCGCAAGGGGAGCGUGCUCGAGCCUCACCACGUUGAUCUGGUUUUGAAGCUUCACAGCACCAUCACCCACAUCCAGGUUCCAAUGCUGGGCUUCAACUACACCUUUGCCCACCUCUGCCUGCUGGAUGACAGCAAGAACUGCAUAGUGGACGACAUCCUGCGGGCCCUGGAGGAGAUGCGCACGGCUAGGGCCUCCAACCGCACUGUGCUGCCACUGCGCUACCCCAUCACCAGGCUCAAGGACGGGCGGGAGGCCUACAUUGGACACCAGCUGGGUGGGGUGACUCCAGUCGGCAGUGGACGAGAGGGUGUGCGCACUGCCCGCGCCCUCCAGCUCACUUAUUACCUGCAGGCAGCCAGUCCAUUAAACGAGGUGGUGGCAGCCCGCUGGGAGCUUCUGUUCUGCAAGGAGUUGGAGCACUUUGGGAAGGCACACCCGGAGCUAGGCCUGUAUCCUUUCACCUCAUCCUCACUACAAAGGGACUUCCAGAGGACAAGCCGUGUGUCAGAGCGGCCACUGCUCUUUAGCCUGGCUGUGUGCCUCUCACUGGCUGUGCUCUGCUGCUCCAUGAGGGACUGUGUGCGCACCAAGCCCUGGCUGGGCCUCCUGGCGCUGGUCACUGUCAGCUUGGCCACCCUCACCUCGGCAGGGAUAUUCAACCUUGCGGGGGGAAAGUACAACUCCACGUACCUCGGCAUUCCUUUCGUUAUGCUAGGUCACGGCUUGUUUGGCACAUUUGAGAUGCUGUCGUCAUGGCGGCGGACGCGUGAGGAUCAGCAUGUGAAGGAACGGGUGGCUGCUGUGUUCUCGGACUGCAUGCUGCCCUUCACGGCCAGCACUGCCUUGCACCUGGUCACCUUUGGCAUCGGAGCCAGCCCAUUCACCAACAUUGAGGCUGUGCGCCUCUUCUGUCGCAAUGCCUGCAUCUCCGUCCUUUUCAACUACCUCUACAUCCUCACAUUCUAUGGCUCCAAUCUGGUCUUUGCUGGCUACCUGGAAAACAAUUAUCGCCACAGCCUGUUUUGCAGGCGCGUACCCAAGCCCGAGUUACUGCAGCAGAAGCCGGCCUGGUACCGCUUCCUUAUGUACACACAUUACAAUGAAGAGGCAGCAGAACCUGGUGACCUGCGUGCCUAUGAGACCCAUUUACUGGUGGCCUUCAUGAAGCGCUACUACUGCGACUGGAUCACCAAUACCUACGUCAAGCCCUUUGUAGUGCUCUUUUACCUGGUCUACGUCUCCUUUGCGUUGAUGGGCUACUUGCAGGUGAGUGAGGGUUCAGAUCUCAGUAACGUGGUGGCUACAGAGACCAGCACUAUUGCCUACACCCGAGCACAGCAGCGGUACUUCAGCAGUUACAGCCCUGUGAUUGGCUUUUAUAUCUAUGAGUCCAUCGAGUACUGGAACACCAGUGUACAGGAGGACCUCCUGGAGUACACUAAGGGAUUUGAACGCAUCUCCUGGUUUGAGAGCUACUUGAACUACCUGCAUGGGCUGAAUAUCAGCACCAGUCUGUCACGCAGUAACUUCACUGAGCAUCUGCGUUCGGGUUUCCUGCGUCAGUCCCGUUACCUGCACUUCUCGGAUGACAUCAUCUUCGCCAAGCGAGCUGAUGGAGAGUUUGAUGUGGUGGCUUCUCGUAUGUUCCUAGUGGCCAAAACAACAGAGAACAAGCGAGAGGAGAUGUCCAUCUUGCUGGACACAUUGCGGAAGCUCUCACUGACAUCUAGAGUAAAGUUCAUCAUCUUCAACCCCUCUUUCGUGUACAUGGACAGAUAUGCGUCUUCAGUGGGCGCACCACUGAAGAACUCCUGCAUUGCUGCUCUCUUCUUGCUCUUCUUCUCCACCUUUCUUGCAGCCGACCCACUGGUGAAUGCCUGGCUAACCGUGACAGUGGCCUCAGUGGAGUUUGGGGUUGUGGGCUUCAUGACUCUGUGGCAAGUGGAGCUGGACUGCAUGUCUGUGCUGUGCCUAAUCUACGGGGUGAACUAUGCUGUGGACUCUAGUGCCCCUCUGGUGUCAGCCUUUGCCCUAGGCCGUGAGUCAACACGAACCCGCUGGGUGAAGGUGUCCCUGGAGCGCCAUGGGGUUCCGGCUCUGCAGAGUUAUGUGUGCUAUGGUGCCGCCCUGCUGCCCCUGGCGGCUGUACCCUCCAACCUCACCCGCACUCUGUUCAGGUGCCUCUUCCUCACUGCCCUCAUCACCGCCUUCCAUUGUCUAGCCAUCCUGCCUGUCCUCCUGACCUUCUUACCACCCUCCAAGAGGAAGAGGCGGGAGAGAAAGAAUGUGACUGAGAACCAGGAGGAGAUUGAAUGUGUGGAGAUGGCGGACAGUACACGCGUGGUUGAUCAAAUUACCACCGUCUGAGCAAAUGCUGAAAGGUAAAAGUCAACCAGGUGAACUCUGACCAAAGUACCCAGGGGGAAUGGCAGGGAAUUGGCUCACAGUGCCCAUCCAGAGUGGGUCAGUAUGGGCC